AUGUUUAGUGACCAAUAAAUAUUAUAAAUGGUGUUAGCUAUUGACAGUAUUGUACUACACUUGUAAUUUUACUUUACAGAUGAAAACUAAUAUUUGAUUAUGGGGUUAUCCUCAGCUGGAUUUCAUAUAAUUUUGUAUAUAGUCGAAUAAUUAUGGAAUAAUUCCUCAUUUAAAAUUACCCUAAAUGUACUUAAAUUAGGUUGGAUACUUUUUAUAUCUUAAUUUUUGUAUGAAAAUUGGAUGGUCUAUAUUGGAAUUCAAAUAGUAUGUAUUAUAAAAUUGAAUUACAAAAAAACUAAAUUAUUGAUACCGAUAUUAUUUACUAUUCAUAUAGCAGCAAUAACAUCUGACAACAUAGAUUAUUUACCAACAGGUAUUAUUAGAAAUUGUCUAUCUUAUUUUUUGUUGUUAUUUCUAUUUAAAAAACCUUCCUACACCUUAAAUUAAGCAUAAGAUAUUAUUAAAUAAAUAACUUCAAAUAUUUAUAUAAUUUUAGAUAGUAAUUUAAAUCCUGUGGAUGAUGAAGAAAUAUUUGAAUCAAUUUAGAAAGAAUAAGUGAUUAUUUAAUAAGAUGAAAAGGUUGAUAUUAUUCAUACUCAUAGAGAAUCAUUAAAAAGUGGAUUUUAUCCAAAAUUAAUUGAUGAUAAAAAUGUAUCUGAAUUUAAAGAAGUAUUGAAUAAUCUAAAAUCUAGUAAAAACGAUUGGUCAAUUUAAAAAUAUGAUACAUAAUCAGAUUUUAUAAUAAUUGUAAGGAAAGUUUAUUUAGGUAAUGAUUAAAUUAAUAAAUUCUGUGGUUGGAUUAAUAAAUAAAAGAAGGAGGUUUAUUAUCUUGUUAUUAAAAAAUAAAAAAAAAUUAAAUAGAAUUUAAAUUAAAAUGAUAAUUCUAAUGAUCGAACAAAUAAAAUGAUAAAGACUUUAAGUAAAGUAUCUCAUGAUAUGAGAACACCUUUAAAUGCAAUUAUAAAUAUGCAACUUUGUUUAAGAGAUUAAAUUGAUUCUUUCUUAUUUAAUCGUUAUUUGAAGCCAUCUUUGAAUUCUUGUAGAUUGUUAUUAAAUUUAGUUAAUGAUAUUUUAGAUUAGGCUUAAUUAUAGAAUAAUAAAAUUAGAUUAGUUUUUAGAAAAUUUAAUCUAAAACGGCUAAUUGAAAAAACAAUAUCAAUUUUUGAAAUCUAAAAAGAAAAAAAAGAACUUAAAAUAAUUCUAAAUUAUUGUACUAAUUCAUAAUAGGUAAAUUAAUUUGUUAAUAGUGAUAAAAAUAGAAUUAGAUAAGUUAUAAUGAAUUUAGUUAGUAAUGCUAUAAAAUAUUCAGAAGCAAAAAAAAAAAUAACUAUAAAUUGUGAUUAUCAUAAAAAAAAUUCAAUUUUUACUAUUUCUGUUAUUGAUGCAGGUUUAGGAAUCAAACCAGAAAAUUUAAAAUCUUUAUUUUAAGAAUUUUCUAGAGUUGAUGAUCUUGCAAAUAGAGAUGUUAAUCCAAAUGGAAUUGGAUUAGGUUUAUUAAUAAGUAAUGAAUUGUCAAAAAUAUUAUCAUCAAAUAAUGAAGGGAUAUCUGUAUAAUCAGAAUAUGGAAAAGGAGCAACAUUUUCAUUUUAAAUAUUAAAUUAAAAAUCUAAAGAAGAAGAUAUUUCAUCUUCUUAAUUAUCUGAAAUGGCUGUUUAAGAAAUUUAAUAAUUGCCUGAAUCUCACUUUUUGAAUUCUUAAAUAUUAAAAUAGAAUUCUUAAGAUUUUGCUGUAGCUAUAAGACAUUCAUCUUGUGAAAAUAAUUUAGGAUUUCCAAUUUAAAAUAAUUUAGAUAUAAAAAAAUAUAAUCUAAGAUUAAAUUCAUCUAAUUUAUUAAAUUCAAAUCGUUUAUUACCUUUUAAUACUGAGAAUGAAAAAUCUUAUUAAAGGAAAUCUACAACUCAAUCUAAUGUAAUUAUAGAAUAAAUUAAUAAUUGGUAAGAUCCAGCUUAAAAGCUACCUCCAAUUUUAAUUGUUGAUGAUAAUGAGUUUAAUAUAAUUGUUCUAUAAUACAUAUUAGAAUAGUUAUUUUUAACUUGUGAUUCUGCAAUAUCUGGAGAAAUCGCUAUUAAAAAGUGCAAAGAAAGAGUAAAAGAAUUUUGCCAAUAUAAAAUAAUAUUUUUAGAUAUUGAAAUGCCUGAUAUGGAUGGUAUGGAAACAGCUAAUCGACUACUAGAGUUUGAUAAAUCAUUAAAAAUUGUAGCAUGUACAGGAAAUAGAUAGACACCAGAGUAAUUAGAAGCAUAUUAAAGAAUAGGAAUGUUUGGAGCUAUUGAAAAACCAGUUACUAAAGCUAAUUUAAGGGAUUUAUUGUGCAAAAUUUUAGAAUAAAAAAAUGAUGCGUAAUUUUCUCAUUACUUUUGA